CCGAGGACGGCGUCAAGGAGCAAGUGGCGGUCGCCAUCCGCGAGAAGCUGCGCCCUAAGGUCGACCAGCUGGUGGCCGAGACGGUCGCGCGUCAUGUUCAGGAUCGGGUUCGGGAGGAGCUGCGCAAGCAGGUAUCCCAGAAGCUGAAGGACGAGCUUGAGGAGCACCGUCGCCGCAUCCUCGAGGUCAAAAUCGCCCUUGUCAACGCCGAGGCGGUGCGCCACAACGCCCACAUCCCGCACGAACAGUUUGAUCAGCCCCUGCUCCGCCCGCUGCUCCGCCCCUUCGCAGUCGGGGCGCCGCUCGGCACCCCGGACGGGGCCGCGAACGGCGCCGGGGAUACACGGUUGACGCCUCAAGACAAGAAGAAGGACGGCGGCAAGAACGCCAAGAAGAACGGCGCGGCGAACGGGAACGGCAACGGGGCGGGCGCGAGUGGGAGCGCGAACGGCACGGCGCCCCGCGAUGCUCCUGCUGGGGUUGACGUGGGGGUGCCGUCGCCGCUGUUCCCGAGGAGUGUGUAUGAUUUCCGGGCGAUGGAGGCGCGGCCGGCGCGUCAGCUUGUGCUCGAUUAUGGGCUUGCGGGUGGGGAUGGACAGGACGAGGAGGACUGGGACGAUGACGCGUCGACGGUCAAGGAAGAGAAGGAGACUGGCAAGAAGGGCAACGCGUCGAAGGAGGACAAGGCUCCUAAGACUGAGACGCCGAAGCAGAAGGAAGACCGCGAGAAGAAGGAGGCCGCGCGGGAGGCUGAGCGGCAGGCCAAGUUGUACGCGCGCGAGGUUCGCCGGGCGGCGCACCUUAACGAGUUCAUGAGGUUCAUUGGGCUCGGCCGCUUGGCCCUGGAGCCGAUGCCUCUGAGGAGGGGCGCGAACGGCGAGGUGGUGGUGCAGAGUCGGCUCAAGGAGCGGUCGCAGUAGAUGUUUGGGCU